UCAAUUUGUUCUUUAUAUCUGUCAGGCAAGAAAAGCAGCUUAAUUUUUUGCAACAGUUAUAAUUCUGUUUUGUUAAUAUUAAUUUGUUCACUUGUAGCCGUAUCUAAAAAAAUAUAAUAUAAAGUAGUGUAAACACAAAAUGGAUUUCUUGGAGUAUUUCGAUAUUUCAGCUGAAAUUAAAGGAUGUAUGACUCCUGGCAAAUUAAAAAUGAAUGAUCAGAAUAUCAUCUUUAAAAACAGUAAGACUGGCAAAGUUGAACAAAUACCAUCAUCAGAAUUUGACAUUGUGAACUUUCAAAAUUUUGCCGGUAUUUGGGGAAUUCGUCUUUUUUUAAAGAAUGGUACAUUGCACAGAUUUGUGGGUUUCAAAGAUUCCGAGAAGGAAAAGAUUGCAAAGUUCUUUUCAAACUCUUAUAAAAUUGAUACACUAGAUAGAGAACUAAGUAUGAAGGGUUGGAAUUGGGGUACUGCAAAAUUCACAGGUUCUGUGUUAAGUUUCGAUAUUGGACAAAACACGGCUUUUGAGAUACCACUUAACUAUGUUUCUCAAUGUACUGCUGGCAAAAAUGAAAUUACAAUGGAAUUCCAUCAGAAUGAUGAUGCUCCAGUUAGUUUAAUGGAAAUGCGAUUUUUUAUACCUUCAAAUGAACUUGCGGGCGAUGUAGAUCCAGUUGAUGCAUUCCAACAGCGCGUCAUGGAUAAGGCCAGUGUAAUAAAUGUAUCAGGAGAUGCCAUCGCCAUUUUCAGAGAGAUCCAUUGCCUUACACCUCGUGGGCGUUAUGACAUUAAAAUAUUUAAUACCUUCUUCCAACUUCAUGGUAAAACAUUUGAUUACAAAAUCCCGAUAACAACUGUUUUGAGGUUAUUUAUUUUGCCCCACAAGGAUAACCGACAGAUGUUCUUUGUAGUUAGUUUAGAUCCUCCCAUCAAACAAGGUCAAACCAGGUAUCACUUUCUUGUAUUACGGUUUAAUCAAGAAGAUGAAACGUCUAUUGAGUUACCAUUCACAGAGGAAGAAUUGAAAGAAAAAUACGAAGGAAAACUAGAAAAAGAAUUAUCUGGACCUACUUAUGAAGUACUAGGAAAAAUUAUGAAAAACAUUAUUAAUCGCAAACUUACGGGUCCAGGAGCAUUUAUUGGACAUUCUGGCACGCCCGCAAUUGGUUGCUCGUUCAAGGCUGCAGCGGGAUUGCUUUAUCCACUAGAACGUGGAUUUAUUUAUGUCCACAAACCCCCAAUUCACAUUCGAUUUGAAGAAAUAGCUUCGGUCAAUUUUGCUAGAGGAGGAGGUAGCACAAGAUCGUUCGAUUUCGAGAUAGAACUCAAAUCUGGGACUGUCCACACAUUCAGCAGUAUCGAAAAGGAGGAAUACGCUAAACUUUUCGAUUUUAUAACAUCUAAAAAACUUAAUAUCAAGAACAGAGGCAAAAAUGAUAAGGCCUCGUAUAAGGAUGACUUUGGUAAUUCCGAUGAUGAGGCGGCGGUCGAUGCCUACUUGGAAAGAGUUAAAGCCGAGGGUCAGCAAAGAGAUGAUCAAAGCGACGAUGACGAUGAAAGUACUGAUGAAGACUUCAAUCCCAAUCAACAGGAAAGUGAUGUAGCUGAGGAAUUUGACAGUGAACAUAGUAGUACGUCAGAAGAUGAUGAAGAGGGUGGUGGUUCAGAUGACGAUAAAAAAGAGAAGAAGCACAAGAAGGAGAAGAAGGAAAAAAAGAAAACCAAAACAGUUUCAGAGAAACCAAGGAAAAGGAAAGAGAAGAAGGAGAAGGAUGAUAACAAACCAAAAAGAGCUACCUCCGCCUUUAUGUUAUGGUUGAAUGAAAAUAGAGAGAAGAUUAAAAAGGAAAACGAUGGUAUCAAAGUUACAGAAAUUGCCAAAAAAGGAGGCGAAAUGUGGCGUGAACUCAAAGAUAAAUCUGAGUGGGAAGCUAAGGCGAACAAAGACAAGGAAAGGUAUAAUAAAGAAAUGGCCGAGUAUAAAGCUUCUGGAGGUGGAGACGACAAGAAAAAGAAAGACAAGAAACCCACAAUAAAGAAAGCUAGUACUAGCACACCCAAAGUCGACGAGCUUAAAAUUAAAAGUAAAGAGUAUAUUGAAGACACCGAUAGCAGUAGUGAAGAUGAAAAAUCUAAAAGCAAAGAUGAUAAAACUAAUUCUGAUGAAGAGAAAAAAUCGUCAAAGAAAGAUACCGCUAAUGAAGAUAAAAAGGGAAACAAAAGGAAGAAGGAUAGUGAUGAUGAGGAAACUAAGAAGAAAACCAAAUCGAAGAAAGAUUCUGAAGACGAGGAUGAAGAAACUCCUGCUUCCAGUGAAGCAGAUGAAGAUAGCAACUAAUUUAAUAAUAAUUAAUUUAAUAGAAUAGAAUAUCUUUCCAGUUUUCAAAUUCAUUUUUUUAUGUAGUAAAGUAGAAUGUGUAAGUUUAUUAUAUAGGAAUAAAUUUGUUUGCAUUUUGUAUUAGAAAAAAAUAACAGAAAUGCAAGUUUAUUAACGUGAAAAAAAUGAAUCGAAGUGUUCUCCGACUUUAAUAAAAGCAAAACGAUAA